UUGGAGGAACGCCGCGCCUAACACACUUUUUUUCCGUCGGCUAAAAAUUUCUCGGGGAAGGAAGGCCCGCAGACGAGACGCCGGCACUCCCGCGGGCCGGGCUAGGAAAACAUUUUUCCGUGCCGCCGCUGCCGCCAUCUUGGAGCGGCGCCCGUUGGCGAGGUCGUCGUCGCCGCCGACGCCGCAUCUGCUGCUGCUGCGGUGCACGACGCGGGAGCUUUGUUUUCGGACCACGGCGACGCCGGGCCGCUCCCGUCUUCCAGCACGCGCCUGCUGACCCGCGGGGAGAAAAACUGCUCGCCACGUCGUGGUGCAGGUCCACGACUGAGCGAACCGGAGGAUGGCCGAGCACUGUGCCAACAACGACCCAAUGUCCGGCGGGGCCGGCGUUGCGGCGGGAGACAGCCCCGGCCUGUGCGUGAGCCAGAAGAUCCACUGGCCGCACAACGUCACCUGCUACCUGGUCAAGUUCUACCGGCAGACGCCCUGUCUGUGGGACCACUCGCACCGCGACUACAGCGACAAGGCGGCCAAGGAGCGCGCCCUGCAGCAGUUCUCCAACGAGACCGGCUACCCCGUCGAGGCCGUGCGCAAGAAGCUCAUCAACCUGCGCAACCAGUUCACCAACGAGUGGCAGAAGAUGGACCGCAGCAGCAACUCGGCCAAAGCCGUACCGCACCAAGUGGGCCUUCUACAAGUCCCUCACUUUCCUCAAGGACGUCGUGCUGCCAAGAAAGCCCAGGAACGCCUUGCAUCACGAGGGCGUACACAUGAGGAUGCCUCCGAUGGGCGUGCAGGGCUUCGACUCCCGCUCGUUGGACAUGAGCCCGAGCUUUGGUUUUGCCAGAGAGCGGCGGCUCCAAGAUGUCCCGCAGUUUCAUCACGACGGCCUGCGACUCGAGAAUUCCGCGCAGAACCAUCAGAACCACAGGGCGUCGCAGAACAACCACAACGAAGACUCCUCGCACCUCGACGGGGCCUCCGGCGGGCCCGCGCUGCUGGACGGCGUAGGGUCGCAGCACCAGGACGGCCACCGAGACGGCUCUUCGCACCAGACGCCGCCGCAGCACCAGCCUCCUCAGGACCAGGACGUGACCGUGAUCGGGGCGGGCGCCGACGUGGACGACCUGGAGCUGUCGCAGUCCAGCAACUCGUUGGUGCUCUCGCCCGAGGUGACGCUCGAGGAGCCGUCGUCCAGCGAGAGGAGGAUCCUCCCGGCGGAAGAUGACGGGUUCCACCAAGAGAUACGACCAACGUACACAUUUCCAGGGGAGCGUUACGGCGACAUACAGAGGGGCGACCACGUGGACGCGUUCACGUGCUACAUCGGCACCGAGCUGCGACGCAUUCCGGACGAGGAGACUG